AUGGGCGCUGCCGGCAUCACUGUCGUUGCCGUCGCUGUGUUUUCUGGCCUGAAGACGCCACCGGGGUCGGUCAAGGCCAAGGUGCCGAAGGAGAAGAAGGAGCUGUGGGACAAGGUCGCCUUGCCAGCCAUCAGAAUGCACAUUCAACCCAUCGACAACCUCACUGACAUGGAGCCGUUCGUCAACGACAUGCCCCAGCACAUCCACAUCCCAGACCAAGGCGACGAGGGCGCAGGCGAGGGCGACACGUUUGACGACGUCUGGGGCUCCGCGCCGGCAUCCCCCACGACGCAGACGCGCGGCGCUCCCUCGUCGUCCGCAGCGGCCGCGCAUCACCCAUCGGACAUGCCCCGCCUGCAGGCCGAGCACACGACCGCCGGCUACCGCGAGGGCGUCACGGCGGCCAAGGCCCACAGCAUCCAGGCCGGCUUUGACGAGGGCUACAGCCUGGGCGCCGCCAUCGGGUCCCAGGCCGGCCAGAUCAUCGGUCUCCUCGAGGGCGUCGCGCACGCGCUCGCGGGCCACGACGACGCCAGCUUGGCCGAGGCGGCUGCCCGCAGUGUCGAGGAGGCGCGGCACGAGCUCCAGGUUGAGAAGCUUUUCGGACCCGACUACUGGAACACGGACGGCACGUGGAACUACGAGGUGGCGGCGAAGACGAAAGCCGACGGAACCCAGGAGAAGGGCCGGGCGGGAGAGGACGACAUUCUGUUUGCUGACGUCGCUGACGCGCACCCGCUGAUUGUCAAGUGGACCGAGGUCGUUGAGGCUGCAGUCGCGCGAUGGGGCAUCGACCGCGCCGUCUUUGCCGAUGUCGGUGAGGAGGAACGUCUGGCCGCACAGGACAGAGCUGCUGCCAACGCAGGACCCCAGCAGACGAGGAAGCCCCUUGACUGGUGA